AUGGUUGGCAUUCCUUUCCCAGGUGACCGACUACUGCAGGUGGAUGGAGUGAAUCUGUGUGGCCUUACACACAAGCAGGCAGUGCAGUGUCUCAAGGGUCCUGGGCAGGUGGCACGGCUGGUCUUAGAGAGAAGAGGCCCCAGGGCUUCACCACAGUGUUCUGCUGAUGACAGGCUGGGAGAUGUGCACAUGGCUGUUUCCCUGGUAACAACCAGGCCUGGCAGACCUGCAAGCUGUGUCUCAGUGACAGAUGGUCCUAAGUUUGAAGUCAAACUGAAGAAGAAGAGCAGUGGUUUGGGAUUCAGCUUCAUACAGAUGGAGAAAGGCAGCUGCAUCCACAUGAAGAGCGACCUUGUAAGGAUUAAGAGGCUCUUUCCUGGGCAGCCAGCUGAAGAACACGGAGCCAUUGCAGCUGGUGACAUUAUCCUGGCCGUGAAUGGAAAGCCCAUAGAAGGCCUCGCUUUCCAGGAAGUGCUCCAUUUAUUGCGUGGGGCUCCAGAGGAAGUGACGCUCCUCCUGUGCCGACCCCCUCCAGGGAUACUGCCUGAGAUGGAGCCAGGAUGGCAGACCCCUGAACUAUCAGGAGACCAUAGACUCACCAUGGCAACCUGUGCUGGAUCAGAGCAGAGCCCCAGCCUGGAUCAAGAGGACAACUGGAGGGGUAGUACCUCUCUGGAUACAGGAGAAGGUCUGAGUCCCAGGCUAGAGUCUUCCUACAGGGCUGUCAGACAAGUGAAGGGAGAUGGAGACAAAGAGAGGCCCUGGGCCAGGUCCUUGAUGCGUCCUAUGGAGUCUCAUCCUCACUUGUGCAAACUCCACCCAGAACCAGAGACACCAGCACUGGCCACCUCUUUGGAAAAGGAUAUGAGACAAAACUGCUAUUCUGUGUGUGAUAUCAGGAGACUGGGAAGAUUUUCCUUCUCAUCUUCUCUAACCAGAUUAACAACAGACAUUUUCUGA